AUGGAGGAGGACGUAAUGGACAAACUCGAGGACAUGGCGUCGGUGAGGGACUUCGACCCCCUCGCGGGCAGCAUCCCCGCCACCAAAGUGGAGAUCACCGUCUCCUGCAGGAAUCUUCUGGAUAAGGAUACAUUCUCCAAAUCAGAUCCAUUAUGUGUGCUGUAUUCUCAGGGCAUAGAAACCAAACAGUGGAGAGAGUUUGGCAGGACUGAAGUCAUCGACAACACUUUGAACCCUGACUUUGUGCGCAAGUUCAUCCUUGACUACUUCUUUGAAGAGAAGCAGAAUCUGCGUUUUGAUCUUUAUGAUGUGGACUCAAAGAGCCCUGACCUGUCAAAACAUGAUUUCCUUGGCCAGACUUUCUGCACACUGGGCGAGAUUGUUGGGUCCUCGGGAAGCCGCUUGGAGAAGCCUCUGAUGAUGGGAGCAUUUACAUUACAUUCCAAAACUGGGAAGCCCAUGCCUUCUGUCUCCAAUGGGGGGAUUCCCGGCAAGAAGUGCGGCACCAUCAUUCUGUCAGCCGAGGAACUGGGAAACUGCAGAGAUGUGGCCACAAUGCAGUUCUGUGCCAACAAGCUGGACAAGAAAGAUUUCUUUGGAAAAUCUGACCCAUUCAUGGUUUUCUACAGAAGUAAUGAGGAUGGGACAUUUACCAUCUGCCACAAAACGGAAGUGGUGAAGAACACGCUGAACCCGGUGUGGCAGUCCUUCACUAUUCCUGUGCGAGCCCUGUGUAAUGGAGACUAUGACAGAACUAUAAAAGUAGAGGUAUACGACUGGGACCGAGAUGGCAGCCAUGAUUUCAUUGGGGAGUUCACCACCAGCUAUCGUGAACUGGCACGAGGACAAAGCCAGUUUAAUGUCUAUGAGGUGGUGAAUCCAAAAAAGAAAAUGAAGAAAAAGAAAUACAUUAACUCAGGAACAGUGACAUUGCUCUCAUUUGCCACUGAAUCGGAACACACAUUUCUAGACUACAUCAAAGGAGGGACACAGAUCAAUUUCACUGUGGCCAUUGACUUCACAGCUUCCAAUGGCAACCCCUCUCAGUCAACUUCACUUCACUAUAUGAAUCCAUACCAGCUCAAUGCCUAUGCUAUGGCACUGAAGGCUGUUGGCGAAAUCAUCCAGGACUACGACAGCAACAAAAUGUUCCCGGCACUUGGAUUUGGAGCCAAAAUCCCACCUGAUGGGCGUGUAUCCCACGAGUUCCCCUUGAAUGGCAACUCUGACAAUCCUCACUGUAGUGGGAUAGAAGGAAUCCUUGAAGCCUAUCACCAGAGCCUGAAGACUGUCCAGCUUUAUGGCCCAACCAACUUCGCACCGGUGGUUAACCAUGUAGCCAGGUAUGCUGAAGCAGUGCAGGAUGGCUCCCAAUAUUUUGUUUUGCUCAUCAUCACUGAUGGUGUGAUAUCGGACAUGGCCCAGACAAAAGAAGCGAUUGUCAAUGCUGCCAAGCUGCCCAUGUCCAUCAUCAUUGUGGGAGUUGGACAGGCUGAAUUUGAUGCUAUGGUGGAGCUGGAUGGAGAUGACAUCCGAAUCUCAUCUCGUGGGAAGAUUGCUGAACGUGACAUUGUCCAGUUUGUCCCCUUCCGAGAUUACAUUGACCGCACCGGAAACCACGUCUUGAGUAUGGCACGGCUGGCUAAGGAUGUCCUUGCUGAAAUCCCAGAACAGUUCAUCUCCUACAUGAAGGGACGAGGCAUCAAACCCAACCCAGCACCACCUCCCUACACCUCCACGGGCCACACCCUCCAGACAGAAAUCUGA